GGAUAUUUCGGGAGUGACAGCUGGGCCUCUCAGCUCCAGGACAGUCACAGGAGGUGACGGAGUGAGGCUCAAGAGACGCUCCAGGCCGGACGAUGGAUGUGUUUGGUGGGGCUCCGAGGUUCCUGGCGUACCCGCGGAUGCUGAGCGUGCCGUCGGGGGCUGACGCGGUGCUGAAGUGCCAGAUCGGGGGCGACCCCCGUCCCGAGGUGUACUGGGAGAGAGACAAGGAGCGGCUGCUGGCGAUGGGCCGGUACCGGCUGCUGGAGGACGGCACUGUGUACAACCUGAUCAUCGCCCGCGUGGGCCUGGAGGACAGCGGUCAGUACAUCUGCAAAGCCAAGAACACCGUUGGCGAGACGUACGCUGCAGCCACACUCCGCGUGGAGGCAACCGAGCCCAGCAACGGGGCUGACCCGCCGGCGUUCCUGGUCAAACCAGCGUCCAGCAGGGUGGUCCGGGGAGACAGUGUGCUCUUCAGCUGCCACCUGUCCGGUCGGCCCGAGCCGCUGGUGACCUGGGAGAAGGAUGGCCGCGGGCUGAGUGAUAUUUUUGAGAGCAGCCAUUUCCACGCCGGACGUGCCGAUGGCGGCUGGUACUUCUUGAAGAUCUUGUCAGUCCGGACACCGGACGCCGGUGUGUACGUGUGCAAGGCACAGAGUGAGUUCGGCGAGGCCAUGGGCGCCGCAGUGCUCCUGGUGGACCCUGGCAACGAGGAGGGUCCCGUUGCCCAGCCUCAGUCCCAUCCCCACCCGCCAGGAGGAGACGCUCCCCGCGAGCGGAAGCACAGGAGCCGUCACCGAGCGCUGCAUGGCUCGGAGCUGGCCGUGCUUCCAGCGCCACAGGAUGGAGACGGGACACGGCCGACCAAAGUGAAGGUCUUUUCGGUCACCGAGGGCAAACACGCCAAGUUCCGCUGCUAUGUGUCGGGCAAACCGAAGCCAGAGGUUGUGUGGAGGAAGGACAACGUGGUGAUCGUUCCUGGCCGCCGGCACCUCCUGUGUGAGGAUCGGCGAGGCUACUGUGUCCUCAAGGUUCUUUACUGCCGCCAGCGGGACAGUGGCCUCUACGCCUGCACUGCCUCCAAUGCUGCUGGGCACACCCUCAGCGCUGUGCUCCUCACUGUCAAUGAGCCGGUGAGCAGGUUCCCACGGCAGCUGGUGGAUGUGACGGUGCUGGAGAGGGCGGUUGCCGUGCUGGAGUGUGAGGUUCCGGGCAUGGUCCAGGCUGGAGCCUUGGAGUGGUUCCUGGAGGACCGGCGACUGCUCCCCAGCAACAAGUACGUGAUGGAGUGUGACGGCACCGUCCACCGUCUCACCAUCACCAACAUCACCGCCGACGAUGACGGCGUCUAUCUGUGCGAGACCAGAGACGGCAGCCGCAGUGUGGCCGAGGUGGCGGUGAGAGGGGUGAUUGUGAGGCGGUUGCCACGGCGUGUGACUGUGUUGGUGGGGGAGCAUGCCGCACUGUGUGUCGAGCUGGGGGAGACGGGGCUGGACGGCCACUGGUACUGGGAAGGUGAGGCUCUCAGCGAGUCUCCUACCACAAUCAUCAAAUCAUUCGGCAAAACACACAUCCUUGUCCUGGUGUCUGUCGCCCUGGAGGACUCUGGCAUCAUCACUUUCGUGGUGAACGAUUCAAAAACAUCAACAGAGCUUCGAGUGAAAUCGGCGAGACGGAACGUUCCGAGCUGCCCGAUCGGUGCCCGGAUGAGUCGUGAGCGUCUGAACGCUGCCUCGCUGAUGUGGGAGCCGCCGGCUGACGGUGCUGGGAGUGCGGUGGAGGGUUACAUCAUCGAGCGCCAGGAGGUGGGCACGGAGGAGUGGGUGCAGUGUCUGACGACCACCAGCAGCACCGCGGUGGAGAUCCUGGGCGACAGCGUCCCCGCUGAGGCCGACUACAGCUUCCGUGUCUGCACCACCAACAAGUAUGGGCAGAGCAGCCAACUCCUCUUCCCUGGCUCCAUCCACCUGGUGCCAGCGGCAAGGAUCCGCUCCCCGUUGAGGGACGUGACUGUGAAGGAGAUGGAAGAUGCCGAGUUCAGCAUAGAGCUGUCGGCCUCAGUGCUUGGCACCUGGUAUGUGGGGGGGGAGCCAGCGCUGCAAAGUGAGAGGUUCCGACUGGUACAUGCCCGCACCAGGCACUCCAUCCUGAUCCCAGCCCCCAGCAUCCAGGAUUCUCACACCGAGGUCACCUUCCUCGCCCACGGAGUGCGGGAUUCCGCCAUCCUAUAUGUUACAGAGCCUGCGGUGAGGAUUGUGAACACGAUGGACGACACACGUGGGGAGUUCACCGUGGGGGAGCGGGUGGCGCUGGUGUGUCAGCUGUCCAGCUCCGCGGCUGCGGUCACUUGGUACAGGGAUGGCCUGGAGGUGGGAGCGACGGAGGAAAUCAGCACCGAAGCGGACGGGGUGCACCGCAGGCUAGUCAUCCACUGCGCCAGCACGGAACAUUCUGGAGAGUACGUGUGUGAUGCUGGCAACGACUCCAUCUUUUACGACAUCUGUGUGCGAGAGCCGCCAGUGAGAAUCGUCAGGGUGGCGGAGUGGGCGCGGCAGUGUGUGGUGGGCACGGACGUGGUGCUGAGCUGUGAGCUGUCUCGGGCCAACGCUGAAGUGACUUGGUACAAGGGUGAGGUCGAGGUGGAGAUCGGCGAGAGGAUGAGAGUGGAGGCCGAGAGUGUGCACAGGAGGCUGGCCAUCCACAGUGCCACCCUGGAAGACAGCGGAACAUACGUGUGUCAAGUGGGCGACGAUGAGACAGCAUUCGAGGUGCAGGUGUCUGAGCCGCCGGUGAGAAUCGUCAGGGUGGCGGAGGGGCCAUGGCAGUGUGUGGUGGGCACGGAUGUGGUGCUGAGCUGUGAGCUGUCUCGGGCCAACGCUGAAGUGACUUGGUACAAGGGUGAGGUCAAGGUGGAGCCCGGCGAGAGGAUGAGAGUGGAGGCCAAGGGCGUGCACAGGAGGCUGGCCAUCCACAGCGCCACCCUGGAAGACAGCGGCACAUACGUGUGCCACGUGGGUGAAGACGAGACAGCGUUCGAGGUGCAGGUGUCUGAGCCGCCGGUGAGAAUCGUCAGGGUGGCGGAGUGGGCGCGGCAGUGUGUGGUGGGCACGGACGUGGUGCUGAGCUGUGAGCUGUCUCGGGCCAACGCUGAAGUGACUUGGUACAAGAGUGAGGUCAAGGUGGAGCCCGGCGAGAGGAUGAGAGUGGAGGCCGAGGGCGUGCACAGGAGGCUGGCCAUCCACAGUGCCACCCUGGAGGACAGCGACACAUACGUGUGUCAAGCGGACGACGAUGAGACAGCGUUCGAGGUGCAGGUGUCUGAGCCGCCGGUGAGAAUCGUCAGGGUGGCGGAGGGGCCACGGCAGUGUGUGGUGGGCACGGACGUGGUGCUGAGCUGUGAGCUGUCUCGGGCCAAAGCCGAAGUGACUUGGUACAAGGGUGAGGUCGAGGUGGAACUGGACGAGAGGGUGAGAUUGGAGGCCGAGGGUGUCCACAGGAGGCUGACCAUCCACAGCACCACCCUGGAGGACAGCGGCACAUACGUGUGCCACGUGGAUGAUGACGAGACAGCGUUCGAGGUGCAGGUGUCUGAGCCACCGGUGAGAAUCGUCAGGGUGGCGGAGUGGGCGCGGCAGUGUGUGGUGGGCACGGACGUGGUGCUGAGCUGUGAGCUGUCUCGGGCCAAUGCUGAAGUGACUUGGUACAAGGGUGAGGUCAAGGUGGAGCCCGGCGAGAGGAUGAGAGUGGAGGCCGAGGGUGUCCACAGGAGGCUGGCCAUCCACAGUGCCACCCUGGAGGACAGCGGCACAUACGUGUGCCACGCGGGCGACGAUGAGACAGCGUUCGAGGUGCAGGUGUCUGAGCCGCCGGUGAGAAUCGUCAGGGUGGCGGAGGGGCCACGGCAGUGUGUGGUGGGCACGGACGUGGUGUUGAGCUGUGAGCUGUCUCGGGCCAACGCCGAGGUGACUUGGUACAAGGGUGAGGUCGAGGUGGAACUGGACGAGAGGGUGAGAUUGGAGGCCGAGGGCGUGCACAGGAGGCUGGCCAUCCACAGCACCACCCUGGAGGACAGCGGCACAUACGUCUGUCAAGCGGGCGACGAUGAGACAGCGUUCGAGGUGCAGAUUUCUGAGCCCCCAGUGUCCAUCGUCCGGAGCCCGGAAAUCGCGGAGGAUCAGUGCUUCGCAGCGUCGGAGGUGAUUGUGGUGACGUGCAUAGUGUCGCAGCCCGACGUGGCCGUGCGAUGGUACAAGGAUGGGACAGAGCUUCUCCCCGACUCGAAAAUCACAAUCGAGAGUCAGGGUCUGAGCCGGGAGCUGAUCAUCCACGACUCGGAACCGAUGGAUUCCGGCCAGUACGUGUGUGACGCCGGCACAGGUCAGCUGACCUUCCGAGUGACCGUGACAGAACCGCCGGUGCUGUUCACAAACAAGGAACCUGAGGAGGAGGAGGUGUGGGUGCUGCGGGGAGGGAACGCCGUGCUGUGCGGGAUCGUUUCCCGGGAUGCCGCUGUGGUUACCUGGUACCGACACCGGGAGGAGGUUUGUGCCGGUGAGAAAUACCAGCUCAGGACCGAAGCCAGAGUCCACAGCCUAGUGGUCAACAACUGCGUGAGAGAAGAUUCCGGACUGUACGCCUGUCACUCGGCUGACGACGUCAUGAUGUUCAACCUGACAGUGGAAGAGCUGCCCCACGUGUUCACACUGGGCCUGGAGGACGUCGCUGUGAGGAGCGGGGGGACACUGAUUCUCCGCUGCGAGCUCUGCACAGCGCAGGCCGAUAUCCAGUGGCUGAAGGACGGCAAGGAGGUGGAGCCAAGCCACACGCAUGUGAUCCGGGCGGAGGGACGGGAACGCUCGCUGACUCUGACAGCCCCCACCCCGGCCGACCAGGGCGAGUACUGCUGCGAAUCCAAGGACGACAUAACCAGAGCCCAAGUGUCCGUGACAGAGCGGCGUGUGGUUGAGUUCCUGGCAGAGCUCUGCUGUGUGACGGUGCUGGAGGGCGAGGACGCUCGCUUUAAAUGCCUGUUGUCCCCGGAGGAUGCGAGGCUGACCUGGCGACUGGACGGCUCGGAGGUGUCAGGGGACGGCAGCCGGUACGAGGUGUCACAGAGCGGCCUGUGCCACACACUUGUGAUGCACAGCUGCCAGCCUGGCAAAGCCAUCACCGUCACCGCAGAGAGCGAGGGGCUCAUGUCCUCUGCCACCCUCCAGGUGCAAGAGACACAGAUUGUGUUCACUCGGAAGCUGGAGAGCCGGUCGGUGGAGGAGAUGCAGGAGGUGACGCUAGAGGUGGGGGUGAGCACCGAGUGCGCCGAGGUGCGGUGGCUGAAGCAGGGUGUCCUCGUGCAGCCCGGGAACAAGUACAGCCUUCAUCAGGACGGCACCACACGUCGGCUCACCAUCCACAGCUGCUGCUUCUCGGACCGUGGGACGUACCAGUGCGAGACCCUGCACGACAGGACGCAGGCGCGGCUGACGAUUGAGUCGCGCAGGAUCACCGUCCGGAAGCCGCUGGUGGACGUGUUGGUGCACGAGAAGGACGCAGCCACCUUUGAGCUGGAGCUCUCGCACCCGGCGGUGCCUGGGGUUUGGCUGAAGGACGGGAUCAGGGUCAAGCCGAGCAGCUCUCGCCGGGUCACCGCCAGCGGCCACGUCCACAGCCUGACUCUCUGCUCACUGGAGAUGCAGGACACCGGAACCAUCGCCUUCCAGACAGACUCUGUGCGCUGCUCAGCCCGGCUCACCGUCACAGAGCCGCCCGUCACCUUCCUGAAGCCGCUGGAGGAUCAGAGCGUCCCUGAGAGAGCAAGCGCCGCCUUUGAGUGUGAACUGUCCCAGCCGAACGCUCAGGUUACCUGGUCCAAGGACGGUGAUGUGGUGAAGCUGAACGCCAACACUCGCAUUUACUGUGUGGGGAGGAAGCGGAUUCUGCAGCUCAGUCAGUGCCGAGUCCAGGACAGUGGCAGCUACACCUGCGCCACCGGCCACGGCAGCAGCGUGGCUCAGUUGGCCGUUUACGAGCGGGAGAUGAGGAUUGUGAAGAGGCUGGAGCCAGUGCAGGUGCGAGAGAAGGACAACGCGCUGUUUGUGUGUGAGCUGUCCCAGGAGGGGGGGAGCGGCGAGUGGUUCCAGAACGGACACCGACUGAAGCCCAGCGACACCAUCAAGAUCAGGCAGGAGGGGACCAAACAUUUCCUGCUGUUGUACAGCGUGCGGUUGGAGGAUGCGGGUGAGAUCAGAUUUGUCUCCAAACAGGCCGAGUCGGUGACUCACCUCGACGUGGACGCGCUGCCAGUGAGGAUCGUGAAGCCUUUGCGAGACAAGACAGGGCUGGAGAAGCAUCGGGUGAUCCUGGAGUGUAAGGUGUCCACGCCCCGGGCUCAGGUGCGCUGGUACCGGGGAGAUACCGAGCUGCAGCCCAGCGACAGGCACCAGAUCUGUGCCGAGGGUGCUUACCGGCAGCUCAUCAUCCACUCGGUGACAUUGGAGGAUGAGGGCACCUACAUGUGUGACGCCUACGAUGACCAAUCAUCAGCCAAGCUCCUGGUUGAAGAGCAGGCCCUAUUGGUGGUGGCUGAGCUGAUGGAUGUGGUGGUGCGGGUGGGGGAGGAGGCCUGUUUCCAGUGUGAGCUCUCGAUGCCGGUGGUCCGGGCGCCGCAGUGGAGUGUGAAUGGGGAGAUCUUGCAGCCGGGACCGAGGGUCCGGCUCGAGAACAAGGGCAUCGUUCAGCGGUUGGUGCUGCAGGACGUCACGGCAAGAAUGAGCGGAGCCGUGAAGUUCCUGGCGGGGAAGGCACGGAGCAGAGCACAGCUCCUUGUGAAAGAUGAUUAACCAGCAAUGUGGCUCGGGUGCUCUCAGGAAUAGGCGAGACCAGAGGCACCUGCCCCCCCUCCCCCCCUCAAGAACCCCCACCGACACCUGUCCCCUUAAAAGACACCUCCUACCCCAACAACCCCCACCUUCCCCUGUCACUGAUUUCAGUCUCUGUGAUGAAUAUCUGUGAACCCUUGGUGAUGUUAUCCUAUGUGUUGGUGCUACAUAAGCACAUAGUGUUGUUCCCAUUUCUUCACCCACUGUUGAACCAGAGAUUUAUAGAUGGAAGAAACCCAUUGGCCCAUCGUGUCUGUAACAGCAAUCCAUUGCGUCCCACUGACCUGCCUUUUCUGCUCAUGCUCGCGAAUUGUUUCUCUUCAGAUAUCUAUCAUAUUGCCUCUUGAAAGCAAAUAUGGUUCUUGCAUCGACAACCUCACCCAUCGUCCCACAUCCUAACAUCCCUAAUCAAUUCCUCCAUUCUCCCGCUUUGUUACCCUAAACCGUUAUAGAUUCACUGGACAGUGCGAGUAAUUUCUGGCCAUGGAUUCAAUCAAAGCCCCUCAUCAUGUUAACGGCCUCUAUCAAGUCUCCCAUCACUUUGCUCUGACCCUCAGACAAG